CGGGUUGCUUGAGUCCAUCAGUCUGGUCUCUUUGGUGGAGGCUACUGGCGCUGGAGAAAGCAGUUUCCUAUCAGCGUGACUUUUCCUGUGCGGAGGAACAAUACGCUCCACGAUGAGGCUGAUCUGUUGCUGCAGUGUUUUGCUGCUGCUCAUGCUCGUCCCCAGAUUCUGUCAAGGUGGCAACAUCUUGGUCUUUCCCACUGAGGGCAGCCACUGGAUUAACAUGGACAUCUUACUUCAAGCUUUGCAUGCGCGAGGACACAAUAUAACCAUUGUGAGGUCAAGCAAAAGCUGGUACAUCAAGGAUAAAUCCUCCUAUUACAAUGCUUAUACAGUUCAGGUGAAGCGGAGCUUAGAUCAGCAGUUCAUAACAGAUCUCGUGUAUGAGGUCAUUCAAUUUGAAAGGGGGGCUCUUCCCCUGACCAUUUUUCUCCACAUGACUGUAGGAAUGUUUGACACGUUCCUUGAAGCUCACAGAGCUGUGUCUGACUUUGUAUCAGCAAUGCUAGAUGACCAAGAGUUGAUGAGAAUCAUGAAGGACAGCAAGUUUGACCUGUUACUCACUGACCCCUGCUGGGGGGGUGGACCAAUUUUGGCCAAAUAUUUGAACCUUCCUUUGGUGUAUAAUGUUCGGUGGCUGAUAGCUGGUGAGGGUCAUCUUUCAAUUGCACCUUCACCGUUAUCAUAUAUUCCUAUUACAGGAAGUGGAAACACAGACAAGAUGACCUUUAUUCAGCGAGUUAAAAAUGUCUUUUUGCAUGUAAUUACUCAAACCCAAAAUGAGUUGGUGAAGCAGAUUGUUUACCAGAAACUGUGCGACAAAUAUCUUGGGCCCAAUAAUGACUUUUCCCAGUUACUGCUUGAUGCAGACAUUUGGCUGAUGAGAGCGGACUUUGUGUUUGAGUUCCCUCGUCCCACCAUGCCUAAUGUUGUCUAUAUGGGAGGAUUCCAGUGUAAACCUGCAAAACCUCUUCCUGAACACCUGGAGGAGUUUGUGCAGACUUCUGGAGAGCAUGGAUUCAUCAUGAUGUCUCUGGGGACUUUUGUGAGUGAAUUUCCUGCUGACCUAACAAACUACAUCGCUGCAGCUUUCGCUACAUUACCUCAGAAAGUCAUCUGGAGGCAUAAAGGUGAAAGACCGACCACUCUGGGCAACAACACUUUGAUAGUAGACUGGAUGCCACAGAAUGAUCUUUUAGGACAUCCCAAGAUGAAACUUUUUGUGGCUCAUGGAGGAACAAACGGGGUUCAAGAAGCUAUUUACCACGGAGUCCCAGUUGUGGGUCUGCCCUUGUUUUUCGACCAAUAUGACAACAACCUGCUGCGUCUGCAAGAGAGAGGAGGGGCUAAGAUCAUUACAUUAGCCACAAUGGACCAAGACGACAACUUCUUAAAGGCUAUUCAGGAAGUCCUGAAUGAGCCCUCCUACAGGAUGAGCAUGCAGAGACUCUCCAGGCUGCACAGAGAUCAGCCAAUAACCCCGUUGGAGAACGCCCUCUUCUGGUUAGAGUUUGUCAUGAGACACAAAGGUGCAGCUCACUUGAAAGCAGCAUCCUACAAAAUGCCCUGGUAUUCCUAUCACUCUGUAGAUGUGGUUUUGUUCCUGGCUGGAGCUGUGCUGCUCGUGCUUUUCAUUAUUUUCGUUUUCAUGAGGUGUUUAUUCACUACAUUCUGUAAACGUAAAGUGAAACAUGACUAAUCAUUUCAGCACUAUAAAUUCUGUACAUUUUUUUAAAUACAUCAGUGAUUUAAUCAUAAAUAAUCAUGAUUAACAUGAUCUUAUAUAAUGAAAGAUUGGAUUAGUUUGAUUUUUUUACAUGAUUCUGAUGCUGAUUUGGGCAUUACUAUAAGAGAUCAAUAUGAGGUUUGCUUGAAUGGCCAUAUGUUACUCAGUUACUCAGCAAUCACAUUGUAUGCUAUUUUAAUUUGUAUGAUUGUAUUUUAGUUAAGUAUUUGCAUAAUCAAUAUGGGUGU